UGUGUGUGUGUGUGUGUGUGUGUGUGUGUCCUCGGUCUCGUUCCCUCCUGUCCUAACUCAGCUUGCCCGGCGCGGCUCCUGCUCCGAGGUGGCACGCUUUGAUUUUGCAGGUGGCCUGUGAAGCAGGCGUCGCGCGCGCACUGCGAGCGCUGAUUGGCCGUGCGGACCGCGGUGAAGUGCUUGAACCUCCGCCCUGAGCCCCGCAGCCUACAGUGUCUCCGCGGGGGGACGCCAGGCGCACGGCCGUUACUUCUCUCUUCCCCGCGGAUCUGUUAGUUUCCCAUUCGUUUCAGGAGGCGAUCCCGCGCUGUGUGUGCGGCGAGGCCGCCCGGGUAGCGGAGGUGCGUCCCCCCGAGAGGCCAGCUGGGGCAGCGUCCCGCGGGGAAGAUGAGCGGCACCGGCGCCAGGUCCAGCCACCUGUCUCAGCCGGUCGUCAAGAGCGUGCUGGUGUACCGCAACGGGGACCCCUUCUUCGCGGGGCGCCGCGUCGUCUUCCAGGAGAAGAAGGUGUCCAGCUUCGACGUCUUCCUGAAGGAGGUGACAGGCGGCGUUCAGGCGCCCUUUGGGGCGGUCAGGAACAUCUACACCCCCAGGACUGGCCACCGCAUCCGGAAGCUAGACCAGAUCCAGAGCGGGGGCAACUACGUGGCUGGAGGCCAGGAAGCCUUCAAGAAACUCAAUUACUUGGACAUAGGAGAAGUCAAGAAAAGACCAAUGGACAUUGUUAAUACAGAGGUGAAACCAGUAAUCCACAGCAAGAUCAAUGUGUCAGCUCGCUUUAGAAAACCGCUUCAGGAACCCCGCACUAUCUUCUUGAUUGCAAAUGGAGACCUCAUCAACCCAGCUUCUCGCCUCCUCAUCCCCAGAAAAGCCCUGACUCAGUGGGAUCAUGUACUGCAGAUGAUCACGGAAAAAAUAACUCUGAGGAGCGGGGCUGUCCACAGACUUUAUACUUUAGAAGGAAAACUUGUUGAGAGUGGAGCAGAGUUGGAGAAUGGGCAGUUUUAUGUGGCUGUCGGCAGAGAUAGGUUUAAGAAAUUGCCUUAUAGUGAAUUACUUUUUGACAAGUCAACAAUGAGAAGGCCUUUUGGUCAGAAAGCUUCUUCACUACCUCCUAUUGUAGGAUCCAGAAAGUCUAAAGGGAGUUGUUGCCACAAUGCUCUAUAUUCAUCCACUCAGUGUGUCUUUAUUGAGCACUUACUGAGUGCCAGGAACUCGUCUAGGCACCAAGGAAAUGAUCGCCAAUCUAAGUCAACUGUUGGAUCCAGCGACAACUCAUCUCCUCAGCCCCUCAAGAGGAAAGGGAAAAAAGAAGAAGCAAAUUCAGAAAAACAGACAAAAGUGAAACAAAAUGUAAAGUUAAAGAGUUCUCAACAAGCAAUUCCAAAUAGUGAUGAAGGCAUUUUCAAAGCUGGCGCAGAGAGGUCUGAAACGCGAGGGGCAGCAGAAGUCCAUGAAGACGAAGACACUCAGGUUGAGGUUCCAGUUGACCAGAGGCCAGCAGAAAUAGUAGAUGAAGAAGAAGAUGGAGAGAAAGCAAACAAGGAUGCAGAACAGAAAGAAGACUUUUCAGGAAUGAAUGGUGACAUUGAAGAGGAAGGAGGUGGGGAGGAUGCAGAUGCCCCUGAGCAAGUUGAGGAGAUCCUGGACCACAGUGAGGAGCAGGCAGCUCCCGCGCGUGUGAAUGUUGGCACUGAUGAAGAAAAUGGGGAGGAACUGGACCAGGUCCAUAAUGAGCUUCAGCCAGCAGUGGAGGAGGAAAGGAAGUCUCAAGGAGCUGGCAACGAACAAGAUGAGGCUGAAUUAGAUCCUGAAAGACCAGCAAGGCCAGAAGUAAAAAUUACUAGUCCACAAGAAAAUGAAAACAACGAACAAAACAAGGACUAUGCUGUUGUGGCAUAGAUGAGUUUUAAAAAGAGAAUAUAUGGAUUGUAAGAAAAAUUAAGGGUGGCAAUACUUGAAUAAUAAGCGCAUAGUUAUUGCUAAACAUAAUGUGACACUAUGGUUGAAUACUACCUACUGAAUUUUAACAUUAGAAGCCUAAUGGAAAGACUCUAUUAACUUUUAGUAGCUACUGAAGGAGAAUAACUUAUUUUUAUGGCACAGUUUUUGAAAGUCAUAUAGAGAAAUUAAAUAAGAGAGACAGCGUAGAAUUUUCACUGGAAGACAAUUGGCCGCUUGUCUUUGUAAGGGAUCAAAAAAAAUAGGAUCACUCCUAUUGUAUACUUUAUUAUAAAUUUAGAAGUGAGAUUAUUAGAUAGCAGCUUAUUCUAAAGCACUUAUCCAAGAAGGCAGAGAAUUUUAAAGAAUUGGUAAUAGGAAAAUAUGUACUACUUUCUUUCUUAAAGCAAUACAUUCUUGAAUGAACAAAUUACAGUUUAAUUUCAGAGAUAAUUUGGUGAUGGCAAUAGAUUGGAAUGUUUCCAUGACUUGUUGGCAUGCCUUUCUUUAUUCCUCCUUAGCCAAAAUAUACCUUAGCUGAACUAAAAAGACAAUGCAAGGGUGGUCAUUUUGGUAGGAGGAAGCAUUCAUUCAGGGUGUUAGUGACUAGUAUUUCAUGCCCUCCCUUAAGUGCUUUUAGGUUUCAGUGCUUGUGGCUGUGGUGGCUCAUACUCAGGAAAGAAUCGUAAGGGAGUACCCAGUUAUGUUACCAAGCCUGGCUGCAUGAUUUGCAAACACUGGAAAUCCUAUGGAUUUUCACUGAUCCAGUUGACCUUUACCAAUACUAUCCCUCUCUUCUCCCUCAUGUUAUUAUAUUAGAAAACUCCAUAUUGGUUAUUCCAAAGAGUGUAUUCUUCCCAAAUAGUUUUUUUUUUUUUUUUUUUUUUUUACAAAAAAUAAGACAGUGUAAUAGGAAAAAAGAGUAGGCUAUAUGAAGGGUUGGUGACUGCUCAAUUUCACUUGCUUUUAGCCUUAUUUCUGUUAAGACUUUCUUACGGUAUUUUUGCCCCUAAGGUUGUCAACAAAUAUUUAUUUUUCCUAGUUGGAUAUAUUUAGACUUUCAAGCAAAUUCUUUUCUAUAUAAUUAGAAGCCAUCCGAUAGAAAGAAAUUGUUGAAAAAACUUUAAAAAUUGUCAUAAUGAAACCAGUUCCUGAUUCCAGUUUUGCAGACUGAUGAAAUUAUAGUUGCCUUGUGAGGUGUGUAUGGGGGAAGAAUGUAAUUGCAUUAGUUUUUUGGAUUCUUAAGAGAUGAUGCUAUUCUUCCUAAAACACAGAAGUAAUGUAUUUUUCUCAUAUUAAAGAAUAUAUUUUUAAUUAUGUAGAGUUGUAAAUUUGAAAAUCUAACUUCUAGUGCUUUCAUAGAGUUCAUUAUGAAUCAUAAAUUUAAGAUUUUCCCCUCCAGGUUUCAUAACCAAGCAUUUAGAAUCAAAAUAAUUGGUAGUUAUGUAAAGCACUUAAUAAUACUGCAGAAAAUAGAUGCAUUGUUUUUCCUAAGAGCUAUUUUGGUAUUUUCCACAAAUAGGAAGUAUAAGCAGAGAUUAUAAUGUAACAGUAUUUGAAAGAGAUAAUGACACAAGGAUAUAGUAAUCUGGGAGAAUGAAUUAUAAAAUGGGUACUAUAUUUCUGGUGUAAAAGCUAGAUUGUGCUUUCUACUAGUAGGCUUACUCUUUCAAAUGCUGGACUACACCGUGGACUACAAGCAAGUCUUGUGUUGUUAGGGAAAUAGACCCACUGGGUUUUUAAUAAAUUCACACACUAUUCCUGGGUCUGGGGUCAAUGAUUUUAGAUAGCUUAUAAAAAUAAGGGAUUAAAUGUAAGAAAUUCUAACUAAUUAUCAAGGUGAUUCUUUCUCUUUUCUUUCUUCAAUGAAGAGUUUCUCUUUCUCUUGUUCUUCUUUCAUAAAGAUAUUUCUCCUGUUUUUCCUUCUGUCCUUUUCUUCACUAUAUUAUAAAGCUUUAGUUAGGUUUUAGGGAACUCCUUAGCAUCAUUUUAAUGAAGCACAACACUGAUAUUUUACAUGAAAAUGACAUUUGGUAUUUUAAGCAUACUUCAAGAAGGUAAUAGGCCACAAUCACUACAAGCAAAAAAUUAAAAAAAUGGGGACAUAGUCUUCUCUUAUGUGUACCUAUUUUAACAUCUGUUGACAAGAUAUAAUUGUGAUCUACCUUGAGGGGAUGAGUAACAACUUAUCAUUUUAAAACACUUUGCAUACAUACCUUACUAAAAAAAAAAAAAAAGAAACAUGUCAUCUAACCCAGGAAGAAAUUCUCAGAGAAUUAAAAUUGUGGGCAACAAUUUGGAGAUGACUUUAGCAUAACUGCUGAAAGUUCAUUUACCUCACAAUUGUGUCAGUUUUCUCUGUGGGGAAUGGUAGUCUCCAUGGCAGACUAGCUCCUCAAAUUAUGCGAGACUUACUGACAGAUCUGGGGCCAUUUAUGUGAGCGGAUGGAAGAGGUCUGGCAUAGGCUUCAUGUAUCAUUUUCUAGAGAGAAGAUGCUAUGAAAAACUUACGUUGCCUUUAUGAGAUAACCAGUAUAAUGCUUUGAGAUGUUCAUUCUUUGUGAUGCUGAAUACAUAGAUUUCAUAGUUUUAAUUUUAUGAAACUACUUUAUUAAACUUAACUGGAUUUUAAGACACUUGUAAACAACUGGUUUGUUAGUGAAAUUGGAACAUUAGGAGUUUUGCAGAGCAAAUAAAGAAGACUUUGAUUGAAGUCAUUUUCAGGCUAAGGAUGUUUUACCUGACUAAGCUUCUGUUAAAAUAACUAUUGAGGGCCCAUUGACAUCUCGUUAUAAAAUAAGGUAAUAUAACCAUAAGAUAUCUUUCUACUCAUUAUUUUUUUCUAUGGCCCUAGGAUGACUUUUUAUUUAUUAAGCUUUUUCUCUUAUGUCUUUUGGGGAAUAUUAGAAUGCCAGACUCUGAGGAAGGGUAUGAUACUAUUGUGCCUCCUGUUUUAUUCUGAAAGUGUUAAUUCUUGCUGUGGUGGGUGAAGACAGAACCAUCCCAUGUAUAUGUGGCUGAGAAUCAGUCAGAUAUCUCUGCAGGCUGACAAUUGUGAAGUCAUACUAAUAUGAAAUUAUGCUAACUCUUCUAGUUUAUAUCUCAUAAACUACCAUCCUCAAAAUUUUCAUUAAAUGACCUACCUUAUACACAAAGGGUGAAGUUCAUUCACCUAGAAAAAAAAUCUGUGUAUUUACAAUUGUGAGGGGUGUUUGUUUUUUUGCUCAAGUAGCAAAAGCAAAGUUUAAAAAGUAGAUUAAUUGCUAACAGCACCACCUGUGAACUGUUGCCAAUCUGAACAGAAAUAUAUAGAUGCAGAUAUAGAUAUCAAAUACUUAUACAGAUGCACUCACACACUUUAAGACAUUAAAGAGGCCUCCUCAGACACAGCGUUAUUAAUAAAAUAAGGCUCUUUUGGGUGAAGUUGAGAGAAGCAAUGUGUAAAAAUGUGAGAGGAAAUGCUAAGAAGUGGUAUAUCAUGGUGCUUUAAAUCUUGGUUCCCUAAGACUUCAAGAGAUUUAAAAUUCUUCUCCAAGUAAGAAAGCUACCAGCAUUUUAAUGAAAAAUUUAUUCUAGGGAGGGGUGUUAGACAAAUUUGCUUGUAAAAAUGUGAUAUAUCACAUCAAAAAACAAAACAAAACAAAAAACCAAGACACAUAUAUCUUAUUUUCCUGAAGUAACUGCAGAGUAUAGUUCUUUGUCAUCAGCCUUAAGUACUAUAUACUUCAGGUGCAGAAUAUUUCAUACCAGUGCCGCCUCUGUCAAAAGGUUAUUACUAUUUGUGAAUGUGUGUGUGUGAUUUACAUGAAUGUAGCAAGGACUCUUUUUGGUACCAGUUAGCUAGGUGCAUUACAAAUAGAAUGAAAGACUGGCUUAUUGUUCCACUAGUUUAUAUAAUGUUUAGGUUCAGUGCAGAAGCAUUUUGGCACUCUUGCAUGAAUGAAUGUAAUGUCCUCCUGGAAUGGAAUCGUUUUUUUAAGGUUAGUCGGUUUUUCUAAGAUAAUGAACACAUACAGUUCUUUGUUAUUAAUUAUCAUUUUUUAUAAAUGCCAUAGGAUUUUUUAUUUUCAAGAAAUGUUCUUGGAUGUAGAUAGGUCUGAUUUUUAUUCUCCCCACUUGAAAUGUGUGUGUUUUCUCCCAUGACGUUUGGGUGACAUGGAUGGAGAAUGAGUGUUCCCUUAUGUUGAUAAGGAAAAACUAUGUUUUGGAUGAGGCAUAACAUCCUGUUGGAGACAGGGAAUUUGGAAAGAAUUUAUAAAGUCUGAAUAACCAUAAAGCAUUUAUAAAAUCAGGAGGUAACAAUUGGAGCUCCAUUGACUUAAGCCAACAAUGACUUAGCUUUAAUCUAUGACUGGGACCAAAUGAAUUCUCUGUAGUUUCAUCAGCUCAAACCAUAUAGUUUAACGGCGUGUUGCAGUUAUUGUCACAAAAGCAAUGAUGUGGAAAUAGAGAAUGAUUGUAGUCAAUCUUAGCCUAUAUUUUUCUUCAAUGUUUUUUGUCCUAAAUUUUUAAUAUAUACAGUGCUAAUGGGGGAUUAUUGGUGUUGUAAGUAAAGAUUAAAUUGAACUCAUUGUUUUUAUAUGAUUUACUGUGUAUAGAAUGUUUCUUUGUUAGGAAAAUUAUUUUUGUUUUGAUCUAAUUAUUAGAAAUUAGAUUUUUACUUCUGUAUUAGUGUACACUCUAAAAUGCAAAAGUUUCUCUUUUGAGUAAAAAGAUCUACAUUUUAUACAAUUAAAA